AUGCCCUACUAUUGUACUGUGCCCCGUUGUACAUCUAUGGCCGGCAAAGCAAAAAAUGUAUCUUUUCAUCAGUUCCCAAAAGAUAAAGAACUUGCCAAGGUUUGGAAUGAAGUACUGAAAAGGGGAAAGCCUUAUACAAAAUAUUCAAAAGUUUGCAGCCUACAUUUUAAACCAGAGGAUUACACUAUUACAGAUUUAAAAAGAAACAAAGGCCAUUGGAGAACUCUACGCAAAGAUGCAAUACCAUCUCAAAAUCUACCCUCCGUUACACCUGUAUCAUCAUGCCAAAAAAAUAAAAAUACAGAAUCUUGGAUUCCUUCCAGCAUGAUGGAUUCCCAGUUACACCAAGUGGCUCAGGUUAUUUAUACACAAACAAUGCUAGCUUUACAAGCUUCUGGGUCUGCAGAUCUUAGUAUGAAUGCUGAAUAUAAUGAACAACAGACAUCACCAAACAGAGAGGAUUCAGCAUCUUGUUCAAGCAUCAGCUCAGGCCAGUUCAAUGACACAAUAUCGCAAAUUGAGCAGUUGCUGCAUAAAAAUAACCUCAAUAAUGAAUCGAGUUCAGAUUCAAUGAGUAAAUUUAAUAAUAAUGAUAGUGUAAAUAUGUUUUCUAGUGACAACUACGUCAAAUCCAGGGCACAAGAGUUAGGCUUAAAACAAACAUAUAAAUGUUCAGAAUGCUCUAAAUGUUUCAAAGACCCAGAUGUAUUCGUUCUGCACAAUCGCUCACAUAUGCCAAAGAAAUCUAGCACAGAAAUGGUCUUCCAAAAAACAUUAUCAGAAAAUGUAUGUAGUGAAAAAGAAAAUGUUGAUAGUAAUUCUAGCAACAAUUGUGUUAGUGAAAGUUCUACAGAAGAAACUCUAAGGGCAAAUCCAAUUUUAGCUAAUUUAUUAAAUUCAAGUAUGCCCCAAACUAAUUUGCAUAAAGGUGAAGAAAUGCAGAGGGUACUUGAUUAUAAAAAUGUAACAAGCAUAGAGAAUCAAAUCAUGGCUGCCUUAGCAUCCAAUAUGAAAAACUAUUUUCGGAAUUUAAUGUCACAAGCAGUAAUACCAGGAAAUAAAAAUAUUUCUAAUCAUAAUGAAAGUAACUCUGUUUGCAAAAUGGAAAAUCAAGAAGAAUUUACUAAGGAAACUCAUGAUUGUAAUAAAGAUGUAUUGACGGACGAAUAUGACGCUGAACAGUAUAUGUCAAUGAAUAGUCAAGAGAAUUUUGAUUCUAAAUGUGAUAAUAAAAAGGUAAAUGUAUCAAUGGAAUCAACUACAUUAGGAUUAAGUGAAAAUUCUCAAAAUUGUGAUUUUGCCGUAAAAACGUGA